GUCCCUGCCGCCGCCGCAGUGCCGUCCGCCGAGCCUCUGCACUGUCCGCCGGCUACGGCCGCGGCCACAUCCUUUGACAGAGGUACUUCUGGUCAAGUAUCUGAACUUGUCAAGCGAGAGCUGCUGAGAGAGAAUCCUGUGAAACCAAACCAAAUCAAACCUUCAUCUGGCACUUCCAGGAGUCGUCCUCCAGCACAGAGAGCAGAGAGCAGAGAGCACUGUUACAGGCAUGGAUGGGAAGAAAUGCAGUGUCUGGAUGUUUUUGCCUCUUGUAUUUACCUUGUUUACUUCAGCUGGACUAUGGAUAGUAUACUUUAUAGCUGUGGAAGAUGACAAAAUUUUUCCGUUAAAUUCAGAGGAAAGGAAACCUGGUGCGAAGCAUGCACCAUAUAUAAGUAUUGCAGGUGAUGAACCUCCUGCAAGCUGUGUGUUUAGUCAGGUAACGAACAUGGCAGCAUUUCUAGCUCUCGUGGUAGCAGUUCUGCGCUUCAUACAACUGAAACCAAAGGUCUUAAACCCAUGGCUGAAUAUUAGUGGUUUGGUGGCGCUGUGUCUGGCUUCCUUUGGAAUGACCCUACUUGGGAAUUUUCAGCUCACGAAUGAUGAAGAAAUCCAUAACGUUGGGACUUCCUUGACCUUUGGAUUUGGCACGUUGACCUGCUGGAUCCAGGCUGCAUUGACACUCAAAGUCAACAUCAAGAAUGAAGGACGGAAAGUUGGGAUUCCAAGAGUUAUUCUGUCAGCAUCUAUCACUCUCUGUGUGGUCCUCUACUUCAUCCUCAUGGCCCAAGGCAUCCACAUGUAUGCAGCCAGGAUCCAGUGGGGCCUGGUCAUGUGCUUCCUGUCUUACUUUGGCACCUUUGCUGUGGAGUUCCGGCAUUAUCGCUAUGAGAUUGUUUGCUCCGAGUACCAGGAGAAUUUCCUAAGCUUCUCAGAAAGCCUCUCAGAAGCUUCUGAAUACCAAACCGACCAGGCACUACCAUGGAUCUCUCUUGGCUUCAUGGACAAAGAAUAUAUAGACCAAAUGCAAGAGCUGAGCUUGCUUUGGGUUCAACCAUGAUAAAAGAAAAAAAAAGAAUAGGAAAAAAAUCACUUUCAGGUUUUAUUUGCUGUUUUUAUGUUUGAAGCUAAGAAAAUGUGCAAAGAUAUAUAUUUGAAAGUAAUAAAACUCCUGCUGGACAUUUAUAAAAGAUAGAACUUUUAGAGCAUCUUGUUAUAAGUCCAAAUUGGGAGAGUUCCUUAAAAUCUAUUGCUCAGAUUUAGUAUCUUUUUGUGGAUUAAGGGCUUUUCAAACUUGGAAUUUCUAGAAGCCUAAUAAAAGAUUACCCUCCCCCAGAAUGAAAUCAGGGCAGCUGGUUCCCUGCUGCCCAACACCUAGCUCUCAUGUGCUAGAGUUCAGAACUCCAGCUUUCAAACGGUAGCCUAGACUUCUGAGGCUGUGCUUCUUAAAGAAGAGCAGAAUUCCAAGUUCAAAAUAUGUCGGAGUGGGUCAAGUUGACAGACCCUCCAUGCGUGCACUUUGUUUCAAGAAAUCCCUGAAUUUAUGUGAUUUAUGUGAUAGGGGCCUGGUAUUUCAAUUGUUUUUCAGUUCAACCCAAAAUCUGAGCUUCUUGAGGAGGGGGUCAAUGUCUUUUCAUCUCUGUAUUUGUCCCCACCUCCCAGCACAGUGCCUGGCACAUCUUAGGUGCUCAAUAAAUGUCUGUUGAAUAGAACUAAAGGUAAUUUAAGAGAAGUAGGAGUAUCAGAAAAAUUCAAAGAUGAGUGAGAAAAUUUUUAGAAAAUAAAAGACUAUUACGAGAGACAGAAAUGAAUAAGGGUCAGAUGGGGGAGUGAGACUAUUUUUAAGGUUUAUGUAAACUUUGAGGAAAAUAAUUAAGCAGAGAGUAUUCUCCUAUUAAAAAGGCAUUUCACUGUAAAUAGUCCAAGGUGACAUUUUUUAUUUUUGAAUACUGCUUUUGUUUCUUUUUUCAUUUUUAUAUUUUAAAAUUUUUUUAUCAAAAACAAAGGUUUAUGAAGUUUUCUUUGACUGCAUACAAUUCAAAUUAAACAGCUUUUGGUGAUGCACUGUACACUUUCUUAAGAGUAUAUCUAAUAGCACAUUUUAGCAGAAUCAGGCAAACUGACAUUAUUCAUUGGGAUCUUACCACUAAAUAAAAUUCUUUUAUGCAGAAUUCUGAUUUUCUUGUUUGUUACACUAACUUUCUUCUCUAGUAUUAAAAUGUGUUAAACUCAGUGAGGCAUUAUGUUGACAGUGAACUUGAGUGUUACAUUGAUAGUAUAUAAAUAAAAACCCACAUUACAGAACCUCCUGGGAACUAGGAACCACAGCGUUCAUGAAGGAGGCCAAGAUCAGGGAAUCUGCAUUUGUAACAGGCAUCUCAGCAGGAUCUAACACAGAUGGCCCAGAGAACAAAGUUUGAAAUACAC